UUCACAGACUGGAAGACGACGAGGCAGCAUGGCGAGCGUCCCAUCUUCGCCCUUCUCGCUGGCCGACAUGGCAUCCUGCGGCUACAGCUCGGACGAGAUGGUCGACAUGGACAUGGGCCAAGUAGACGCAGCCGCGGCCGGAUGCGACUUUGACGUCGACCUCGAGUGGCUCGCGUCGGUCUCGGAGCCGCCGCCGAUCCCGAUCGUCGUGCCGGACGCGGCCAGCCGCUUCGAGUACGUGACGGACGACAAUGCGUCAAUGAGCAGCGCCGUGUCGAGCCCGGCGUCCAAGCACGCUACGUCCACCAAGUCGGCCAAGGCGGCGUCGACAGACGCGUACGACAAGAAGAAGCAGUACAAUCGCGAGCGCAACCGGCGGUUCCGCAUGAUGGAGAAGCAAGAAGCGACGCAGUUGUCGCAGCAGAUCCAAGAUUUGCAGUCCCAACUCAAGCAGAUUGAAAGCAAGAAGAGGGCCACGACACCGCGACCUGUCGACGACGACACUACGUCCAGCGCCGUCGUGCCGAGCAAGAACCUCUUGCCAUGGAAGGACGUGGCGACGAUCUUCAAGACGAUGAAGGACGCGAGCUCGGAGAAGCAGUCGUCGCUGCACAGCAAGGUGCGCAAGUACAAGGAGAUUGCGUGCAUCAUGAACUCGUGGGUCGCCAAGUCCAUGUCGGUGCCCACGUUCUCUGAUCCGUUCAAGCAGUCGUGGCGCAACUCGUCGCUCAUGGCCCACGAAAGCUCGCGGCGCCUUGGCUUUGACUGGAUCACGAAGCAGCUCUACCACAACAUUGACGCCAUGAUCCAGCACUGCGGACUACCGUCGACCAUGGCGCCGUGCAGCGAAGUCCACGUCUUCCCGCUCGAGAACGACCCGUCGUACCACCUCGUCAAGGCCCGCCAGCGCAUCGAGUAUGCGACCUUGGACGAGGUCACGCAGACGCUCCAGCGCCUCUAUUUUCAAAAGCCGGACGGGCUCCUCGACAUGCCGGACCCGAACAUCAUGUACUUUCGCAUGAAGUCGCCGUACGGUGCGACGCAGCAAAACUCGUACUUCCAGAACAUCCUUGCGCGCCAGUUCUUCGACGAGAACCGGUACGUGGUCUUCACGCACAGCAUCACGGACGACGAGAAGUACCCGCUCGACCGCAUCCAGCGCAAUUGGACCAACUGGACGAUCGCCGAGCGCCUCGGCCACGACCGCGUCAUCAUCAAGCAGGUCUCGGUCGCGAACGGGCUGCGCAUGAAGGACCAGUACCUGCCGUUCGACCAAGACCCGUCGACGGCGCUGUCGACCGACCCCGUCGUUCAGUUUCGACAGUUCGAGCACAAGACGCACGUGUACCACCAGCGCAUCUUUGCGCAAGACGUGCUCAAGUUUCAGCAAACGCUGGCGCAGAUUCGAUAUGAGAACGCGACCGCGCGCAUCGACUCGAUGAGCCCCGAGCCGAGUCCGAUGGGCAGCCCCGUCGCCGCCCAGCGGUAACGCACCCGACACGAUAGUAGAUUCUUUGUAUGCGUCCAACCACCCUGUAGAAUGAUGAUUAUGGUGAUCUUGAUGUUGAUCUCUGAACAGUCGGUGCAGAGGCAGGGUUAGGUGGGGCUAGGGUUAAAAAAGACAAAAACUAAAAUUAUCCGAA